AUUCGACAAAGACGCGCGCCUUUCGUUGGACCCGGUCAGCAUCAUGAGUGAGACGGUCAGCUUCAUCAAGAAGAGCAAAGGGCGGCCGGCGGGUCUCAAGAAGACGAGCAAGUCCUACGAUGAAGAAGCUAGCCAGAAGGAAGUCGUCGUCCUGCCGGGCAAACGAGCUACGCCCUCCCAAUUCUCGACGGGUGGUCUCACGAAGCGAGCACGAGCGCAACAAGAAGCUCUCGACUUGGAAGAAGCAGCAGAUCGAGCAGACCUGACCGGUGUUGCGUAUUCAUCUCAUAGCCGAGUACUCGAUCGACGGUCAAAGUCGCCCUCACCGUCUGCACUCGGUACGAGAGAUGUCGAUGGCCCCCUGCAUCCUACGCUAGGCAGGGGGAAGGAGGGAGAUGUACUGGAGGGAGACGAGGCGGAAAGAGCAGAUGGUCUGUACAAGGGCGCUUCGGCUUACUCCAGUCAGCUACCGAAAGGCUCGGCAAAAUAUGGUCCCGUCAAAGGACCGGCCAAUGUACGCACUAUCACGCUCACAGACUACCAGCCCGAUGUUUGCAAAGACUAUAAAGAGACGGGAUUCUGUGGGUUUGGCGACACUUGCAAGUUCUUACAUGACCGAGGAGACUACAUGCACGGCUGGCAACUCGACAACAUGUUCCUCUCCUCACAGGCUCAGAAGAAUGCGCAACCUGUGGUAGAGGAAGCAGUAGAAGAGGAGCUGCCCUUUGCUUGUCUGAUCUGCCGCAAACCCUUCACAGAUCCUAUUGUGACCCAGUGCGGUCACUACUUCUGCUCGGCAUGCGCGAUCAAGCGCUUCCUCAAAACGCCAAAAUGCUAUGCUUGCAACGGACCAACGGGCGGCAUCUUCAAUAAAGCCCACAAGAUCAUUGAAGUACAAAAAAAGGCGAGAGAAGCGCAAGAACAAGGCGAUCAGGAUGAUGCCGGCCUGACUGCUCAAGGCGAAGAGACGGGCUAUGAGAUCGAAGGAUUGGCCGAGGAUGUCGAUAGAGUCGUCGAGCCCAGACCUGCUCAGGUCCCUGCAGAGGAGCUCGAAGCCGAGGGAGAAGGCGAGUACAAGUACUUUGAGGAAGACUAGAUGUUGCUGUCAUGUUGUACACUCUCUGCAUCUCGCAUUGACCUAUCACCC